AUGGCAUAAAAGACAUUUUACAUUUCACUGAAAUUUUCAGUAGGCUAUACAAAAAAAAGUGAUUAUUCUACAAUGUAUUAUUGCUGUCUGCCCUAUGGAGUGGAGGGGGGGUUGUCGCAAUGCUUCAUCGAUUGAUUGAGGUAGUCUGAUUCUCUACGAACAUGGCGGCGACUCCUGCUACAAACCCUUCCCAGUUGCUCCCGCUCGAGCUUGUGGACAAAUGUAUUGGAUCUCGAAUUCACAUCGUUAUGAAGAAUGACAAGGAGAUUGUUGGGACCCUGCUUGGAUUUGACGACUUUGUCAAUAUGGUGCUGGAAGAUGUCACAGAAUUUGAGAUCACACCAGAGGGAAGGAGGAUAACCAAGCUGGAUCAGAUCUUAUUAAACGGAAAUAACAUCACAAUGCUUAUACCUGGAGGCGAAGGUCCAGAAGUAUGACCAGAUUUGUAAAUUAUUCAACCAGGAAACUUCUUUCUAUUUCUUAUUUUACCUUGAGUUUACCUUCAGUGACUUGUUUUGUGCUGGUUUAAAAAAAAUAUAUUUUUUGUAACAAAAGUACGUUUCUUUACUGGAAGCUUUAAUUUUGUAUGUGUCUUGCACACAUUAUGCACUGGUUGUAAACAGUGAAUCACAGCUUACCGUAAAAUGAAUAUUUUUGUUUUGUUAUAAAAAGAAAAGCAAAAACUAAA